GGAAAAAAAGGAGAAAGAAACAAAAGAAAAGGAAAAAAACAGGGCGCCCUCACGGCGAACUCCCACCUCCUAUCGCCUCCCCCUCUCCUUUCUCUCUCUCUAUAGCCCCGCACAAAUCUCUCCUCCCCCUCUCGCCCUCGCCGCAUUGCCCGCCGACGACCCCCGCCGGAUAGAGAGGAGGAGAGCGGCGCGGCUGCGGGAGAAGCGGGCGGCGGCGGAGCGGGCGGCAUGUGCGACCUGGUGGCCCGCACGGGCCGGCACCAGCAGCGGUACGAGGAUGGCCGUCGGCUAGUGGCCGGAUGCAUACCAUUUAGGUAUAGAGCUAAUAAUGAUGAAACCUCUGGUGACAAAACUAAGAAACUUGUGGAAGUUCUCAUGAUAAAUUCCCAAAGCGGACCUGGUCUUUUGUUUCCAAAGGGAGGAUGGGAGAACGAUGAAACUGUUGAAGAGGCAGCAGCUCGAGAAGCUAUAGAAGAAGCUGGAGUUCGAGGUGAUAUAGUGCAUUUUCUGGGGCUCUAUGACUUCAAAAGCAAGACACAUCAAGAUGCGUGCUGCCCUGAGGGUAUGUGCAGAGCUGCAGUGUUUGCGCUGCAUGUAAAGGAAGAGCUGGCCUCAUGGCCUGAGCAGAGCACCCGGCAGAGGACCUGGCUCACGGUUCCUGAAGCUGCAUCAAGAUGCCGGUACCAGUGGAUGCAAGAGGCCUUGCUCACAGGCUUCUCCGACUGGCACGACAAGUGGAGCAGAGGCGGCGGCGGCACAAACUGUGACCCGGCCUAACUGCUGAACCCAUCUGCAGUCGUCCAUUUUUUUUCAUCUCCUCUUCCCCUAGGCUCCAACCUUGCAUAAUGCAAUAACAGUGUACUUCUCUUGAUAUGCUGGGUUGGUCAUUGACCCUUGAUGUCAAAAUGUCAGAAUGGUUAUCUAGUUAUAGUGGGACGAGGUAUAUCUCAUCAAGAUGAGAAUUCUCACAACUUUUAAGUGUCGAUUCUCGGGCCCUAUUAUUUCUCUGUUUGAGCUGCUGUUGUCGCGGUGCUGCAGUCACGCACCGCGCGCAUUUUGUAACUCCGCUCCUGAUUCUGGAGAUGCAUAUGCUAUAUAUGAACUGGUAUCACUUGAAAUCAAAA